UUUGUUUGGAGAGAGAGAGAGACAGAGAGAAAUGGCUAAGCUAAUGGCUCCUGGUCCAGUAAUGGUAUCGGAGUUGAAGGUGGAAGACGUGAAUUUCCCUGGGAGCGUGAAGCCUCCAGGUUCAACCAGCACCCACUUUCUGGGUGGUGCAGGUGUGAGGGGAUUGGAGAUACAAGGACAGUUCAUAAAGUUCACCACCAUCGGCGUCUACUUAGGGCACGAAUCCCUUCCCUCACUCGCAUCUAAGUGGAAGGGCAAGAACCCCGAUGAACUCAACUCCUCCAUCGAUUUCUUCACUGAUAUCGUCUCGGGUGAAUUCGAGAAAUUCAUAAGAGUGACGAUGUUAAAGCCAUUAACGGGACAACAGUACGCUGAGAAGGUGACGGAGAACUGCGUAGCUUACUGGAAAGCUGUGGGGAUUUACACAGAUGCAGAGGCCAAGGCGGUGGAGAAGUUCACAGUUGCCUUCAAGGAUGAGACUUUCCCACCUGGAUCUUCCAUCCUCUUCACUCUCUCCCCUCUUGGUUCCCUCACGAUUGCAUUCUCCAAAUUAAAAGAUGGGGCGAUACCAGAAGUGGGAAGUGUUGUGAUAGAGAACAAACAGUUGGCGGAGGCAGUGCUGGAGUCCAUCAUCGGCAAGCAUGGAGUCUCCCCUACGGCCAGGCAGAGCUUGGCAGAGCGCAUUCAUGGAUUGUUGCUGGAAUUUGAUGCUGUCAAUGUCAAUGGUUUGGGUGGGGACAAAGUUGAGGUUGCCAAGCAGGAAAAUGGGGAAUCUCUGCAAGCAGUAAAGACUGCAUAGAGAGAGAGAGAGAGAGAGAGAGAAGGGGACUAUGGU